AUGGCUGCCAUUGUUCGGGUUUUCACCCUCCUUGCUCUUUUCCUUGUCCUUGGACUUUCCAAUGCUUUCGUUCCAGCCAACCAACCUAGAUUCGCUGCUCGCCCUGAGACCAACCUGAACUUUGGAUUCUUGAAAGAACUUGGACUUGAGAAGCCCAGCUGGCUUCCUGACUUUGGAGGGAAAAAGACUGAAACCGAGCCUGAACCUGCUGCCGUCGCAGAGGGUGAUGACGAGGCUGAAGAGGAAGCUGAAGCACCUGUAGAGGAGUAA